AUGCCCCAGGUGGACCUGGAGAGCCUGGUGUGCGGCGUGUCGGGCGCCGGCGCCGGGGACAGGAAGGUGUCGUGCGAGACGGUCAUCGCGGGGGGCAGCGAGGACGCCUCGCCGCCGCGGAUGCCCAUGCCGCCGCCGCCGCCACCGGACCCGGACUUCCCGCCCGAGUCGAUAACCAUCCCCAUCGGCGACGACGUGGCGUUCUCGGAGCUGAACCCGAUAUACGAACGGGACGACUCCACCAAGGGCAGCACCAACCCCAAGUUCGCGGCGGCCGUCGUGGCCAACCCCAUCGCGGCCAAGACGCGGUCCAACUCCACGCGCGUCGCGGGCGCCCCACCCCCCGCGGCCGGCACCACUUUCUUCGGCCUCCCGGCCAAGAUCCGCCCGACCUUCUCCCGGCGCCGGCCGUCGCAAGACCGGAUCUUGCACGACAAGCGCGCGAGCGGCGGCGGCGGUAGCAGCAGGGGCGACGGCGAGGUGGAGCCGCGGUCGCCCAAGGUGUCCUGCAUUGGCAAGGUCCUGUCCGACCGGGAGCGGCACGGGCGGCGCCGGCGCGGGCGCCACGGGUGGUGGCACGGCGUGGCGGCCAUGUUCCGGUGCGACGGCUGCGCCCGUGUACCCGGCGGCGCGUCCAGGAAGAUGGCGCUGGAGGACGAUGACGGGGAGCAGCAGCAGGAGGAGCCGGGCAUUGCGGGAAUGCGGAGGUUCAAGUCCGGGAGAAGAGCCGCUUCGUGGGGCGACGAGGCGCUGGCCGCGGCGGCGGUGGGCGACGAGGACGAGGGGAAGGAGAGGCCCGACAGCCAGGACGCUGAGCAGUGGUCCCGGCGGCCGGUAGGUUGUGGCGAGGGCGGGAAACGAUUGGAUCGCGGAGGUGGCGUCGCCGGGGCCCGCUGUAAGUGA